GCGGCGCGGGCAGCAACACGCUCGCGCCGAACUCAACGCAACAAAUCAAAAGAAGCAAGCGUCUUGUUUUAGUUUAAAACAGUAAUUCUAGUAAAAAAUUAACUCCGACCUUAAACCGCUUUACUCUCUAACUUUAAAGUUGUUAAAUAGUUUAGAAUCACGCUAUCGUUAGUGUCCUUGCUCGUUAUCUUCGACGUUUCGGUUGCGUUUUGAAUACGUGCUUUAAUAGAUGUAAUUGUUGACUAGAGUUAUUUUAUAUUGUAGCUAUUCUAUUAGUGUGUAAUGGUGUACUUUCCUGUGUAAUUAUGUGCCUUAAACUGUAAUAACCGUGCGUCGUACGUGGAAGUAAUAAAGGUGUAAUUCUGCGUGUGAGUCACUAGUGAAGAUGCGUUGCGUCGGAUUUGUGUUGAUUCUCGCUUUCUUCGUACUUUCGGAAACCACGAUAGCAUGGAGAGCCGACGUAGUGAAACUAUGGGCGACGGACUUGGGUGAAGAUUUAUGGAAAUUAAGUGAGACGCUUACAAAGUCAGAUCAAAUACGAAUAAAAUACAAGCAAAUGAAUGCGAGCGUGAAGAAGAAAGAUGGUAAACAAAUAUUGGAAUCUUCCCUAAGAUCUGUCAGUACAAUGUUAACACGAAAAAUAAACGCAGUUAAGUGCAUACACAGAACUGCGGAGCGACUCGCGCGUGAAUUUAAUUAUUCAUUAGUGAAUGAGCACUACAUGUUCAAAUAUUGUUCAGCAAAGUAUUCCGAGUUCUACAAGGAGGGUGAGACUGAACCGAUCGUGCCAAGUCAAAUACCGAUCUUCGCUGAAAACAAGACGCAUUACAUGAAAUUAUCUUUAGAAAAGGAUUCUCAUUUUUAUGAUAUAAAUGUUAAUACAAAUUUGAGCUGUAUUCAUGUUCCUACAAAUAUAUAUUUUAAAGAACAUGAAGCACUGAAAGCUAUUUUAUGGUCAAAAGAUUUAAAUGAUAUUUUUAUAAACAAUUACAAAUCAGAUCCGUCGUUAUCAUGGCAAUAUUUUGGUAGCUCUAGCGGUAUAAUGCGCUUCUAUCCCGGUAUGCCUUGGAAUAUGGAGAAAAUCGAUACAUACGAUUGCAGAGUACAAUCCUGGUAUAUUGAAGCGGCGACUUGCUCAAAAGAUGUUAUCAUCCUAUUCGAUGUUUCGGGUUCAAUGACCGGUUUCAAGAAUUACGUAGCUAGAAGCACUCUCAAAUCUUUAUUGGAUACACUCUCAAACAACGAUUAUGUUAAUGUGUUUACAUUUAAGAAAGAUGUAUCACAAGUUGUGAAAUGUUUUGAUGGUCUCGUUCAGGCUACGUUGGAAAAUAAAAAAACAAUUACAAACACUUUAGAGCCGAUAGAAGGCGAGAAAAAACAUAAUGUUCCUCUUGAAGGUAAUGCCAAUCUUACAAUGGCUUAUAUCACAGCCUUUACUACACUGGAAGAGAGACGUCGCCACUGCAACGUGACAAGCACGCAGGGCUGCAACCAGUUAGUAAUGGUAAUCACAGACUACGUGCCCGGGAACCUCACAGAAGUGUUCGAGGGGUACAAUAGGGAAGAGGUAGAUGGGAAAACGUACAUCCCUGUUCGGGUCUUCACAUACUUGAUCGGGAAAGAGGUCACUAACGUACGCGAGAUACAAUGGAUGGCUUGCUUGAACAGAGGAUACUUCGUGCAUAUCCACUCAGUAGAGGAGGUCCAGCAGCAAGUACUGAAAUACAUCAACGUGAUCGCGCGCCCCAUGAUCCUAGAGGGGAGGGAGCCGCCCCCCACCUGGACACACGCUGCCAUAGAUUACACGAGAACUUCUGAGUGGAACGUGAGCAUUGACGCAAAGGAGCCUGACGAAGAUAAACUUGUGACGUCAGUGGCGAUCCCGGCUUUCGACUACAAAUACAACGAAGACCACAACGACGCGAGACUGUUGGGUGUGGCGGGGACAGAUGUACCAAUAGAUAGCAUUGCGAAGCUGGCGCAGCCCCACCAGCUCGGCGUCAACGGAUAUUCGUUUAUCGUGAGCAAUAACGGAUACUUGCUGCUGCAUCCACUUCUAAUUACGUCUAUAAACGGCAACCUGCAAACAAACUACAACAGCGUGGACUUCGUGGAGGUGGAGCAGGUGGACGACGGCAAAGGCCCACGUGAACUCGGCGUUGAAAUCAAGUCCCUCAGGGAACACCUCGUCAAUGGCGAUGAGGGGAAACAGACUGAAGUUAAAGUACUCUUCCAUUACGACAACAUGAGGCGCAUAGCUCGUGUGAAGCACGACUACUUCUUCAACAAGCUGGUAGGCACGCCAUUCUCUAUGGGCAUCUCAUUGCCCGGAGGCUACGGCGACACUGAACUGCUGCUCAAGGAUAAUCCACUGGAGGCCAAGCAGGGCCUUGAGGUCACCGGCAUUAAUGUUACCAGCUACUUUAAUUUUAGUUACCGAGUACAUCCUGAUUGGGUUUAUUGUAAAUACCAUUACCUGGAGGGUCACGAGUCAGAAAACUCGGAAAUCGAGAUGUAUAAGUUCUUAGUCAAUAUUUCCAAGAACGAGCUUAACAUUACGAAGAAACAAUACCGCGAAGAGACUGAGAGUAGCUCCUUCGAUUUUGAUAAGCACUGUGGAGAUGAAAGAGAACAACUAGGUAAAGACGACUACUAUUGCAAUGAGGAUUUGGUGAAACAAUUGGUAUUCGACGCAAAGCUGACCACACCAUACUUUGCCACGUGGCACGCGACGAGCGAGGAACGCAAGUUGGCGAAUGAGUACAAAGUCAAUGUGCGCUUUAUAGCGACAUCUAGUGGCCUUACACGAUGGCAUUACAUCAAUGAUGACUCUAAGAACGAGAAGGUCACAGAACAAGGAGAAAAAAGUAGAACAUUUGACGGCCAAGUAUUCGGUGAUCUUUACCCAAAAGCUAUCGAAGAGACUUGGUACAAAGCGGCCGUACUGCAGCACUUGAUCAAUGCGGAGUCGUUAGUAGUGGCUACAAAUUUGCCAGUUCUCGAUAAGACAAUCAUCAACAAACCGAAAGUUGCCAACACAGAUGGUGAUAUCACUAUCACAGCGAGCUACGCCAUAUUCUACAAGGAUGGCAACUCAGAAACACCGGCUUCGGUUGUUGGAAUUCAGUUCGUUUAUUCCGGCUUCUACAAGAAGUUCUUGGAAAUCACCAACACAACGAGCGAGUUCUCAUGCACUGACCAGAAGUAUGACUGUUACGUCAUAGACAGUUCAGGUUACGUUGUAUUGGCGCAUGACAAUGCCGACGUCGGAAGGUUCUUCGGCACGAUUCACCCUCACGUGCUUCAGUCUUUCAUUGACAAGAACAUAUAUGAGCACGUCGACGUCUUCAACUACCAAGCCUUGUGUCCGCUCUCAGCUUUACCUGAUAUACCUAGUAACGCUUGGCUAUUUAGUACGCCCUUCAACUUGGUUACAAAUUUCAUAAGAUGGUUGACAGCAGAAUUAUUUUUGAUACUAUUUGAUGUUGUAAAUUGGCAAAGUGAUGUAUAUGUUUCUGGGCAAGACGAAGGUACAACAAUUCCACCAGUAGAAGAGGAAAUAGAAGAUAUAGAAGGAAGUAAAAAUAAAGAUGAUAGCAGUCUAUUCUCCUGUGAUCAUCGCAUCAGUCUUUAUAUUCUGAACCAGAGUUACUUCUUGGAUUCCAUUGGUCCAUCGCCAGCUGUAGUGGAAGAUGAAGAGGGAGAUUGUCAUCCCCCGUACUGGGCGGCAUUGGUUACGAAGACCAACUUACUCCUUGUGGUUGUGGAGAGAGGAUCCUGGCACUACAAGGACACCUGUGAGAAGCCUCCAGAUACAGAACCAGUGGCUACAUCUAACUCAACCACCAAUUGGGCUCCGUGUCACAAACUGGAACUCGGUCAAUUGCCAAGACGACGACUCGAAGAUUGUUUUACGUAUCAUGAUAAGGAAAGGAACAUAACAGCGUGUGGCAUCGGCAGUAUAGUCCGCGUAGACCCGCCAGCGUUCAUGCUAUCUGCUACAAUCGCGUUCGUCACCACAGCAAUGCUACUGCGAUAAUAACAUACCCACGUGCAACGCAUUUGUAACUUUCUUACUUUCGCAAUAAAAGCUAUUUACCUUU